GGAGUUGACUGAAAAACCAAGGGCGGGCGCAGCAAGGAAACCCGUGAGCGUUCGCAGGCGCGGGUGCUGGGAGCCGGGAAGGACGAUGAAGACCACUUGGAGGCUGGCUUGAAGGAGGGCCGUCCUCCGGCGCGGGAAUGCAAUGUUAAUUCUGAAUACUGAUGUUCUACAAUGCCUGAUCAAGACAAAAAGGUGAAAACCACAGAGAAACCAACUGAUAAAAAGCAUCAAGAGUCUACCACCAGGGACUAUUCAGAUCUUAAAAGACUUCGGUGCCUUUUGAACGUUCAGUCAAGCAGACAACAGCUUCCGGCCAUUAACUUUGAUAGUGCCCAAAACAACAUGUCAAAGUCUGAAUCCACCCUCAAGGCAGGGAGUCACAGAGCUCGAGGUCAGUGGCAUGAGUCCACAGAAGCAGUUGAACUUGAAAAUUUUAGUAUAAACUACAAGAAUGAAAGGAAUUUCAGCAAGCAUCCCCAGCAUCAGUUAUUUCAGGAGAUCUUUACAGCAUUGGUGAGAAACAGACUCAUAUGCAGAGAGUGGGUUAAUCGAGCUCCAUCCAUUCAUUUUCUGAGAGUGUUAAUUUGUCUGAGGCUGCUAAUGAGGGACCCGUGUUAUCAGGAAAUACUCCAUAUAUUGGGUGGGAUUGAAAACCUAGCUCAGUACAUGGAGAUGGUGGCCAAUGAGUACCUGGGCUGUGCAGAGGAGCAGCACUGCGUAGACAAGCUGGUCAACAUGACGUAUAUUUUUCAAAAACUUGCGGCUGUGAAAGACCAAAGAGAAUGGGUCACUGCAAGUGGAGCCCACAAGACAUUAGUAAAUUUACUUGGUGCCCGAGACACCAAUGUCCUGUUGGGCACUCUUCUGGCACUGGCUAGCUUAGCGGAAAGUCCAGAAUGUAGGGAGAAGAUCAGUGAACUUAACAUUGUAGAAAAUCUGUUGAUGAUUUUGCGUGACUAUGACUUGCUUUCCAAAAGACUUACUGCAGAGCUCCUGCGCCUGCUUUGUGCUGAGCCCCAGGUGAAGGAACAGGUGAAGCUUUUUGAGGGCAUUCCUGUCCUGCUCAGCCUGCUCCACUCUGACCACCUAAAGCUACUCUGGAGCGUCGUUUGGAUUCUGGUCCAGGUGUGUGAAGACCCCGAAACCAGUGUGGAAAUCCGCAUAUGGGGUGGCAUCAAGCAGCUCCUUCACAUUUUGCAAGGAGACAGAAAUUUUGUUUCGGAUCGUUCCUCAAUUGGAAGCUUGUCCAGUGCAAAUGCUGCAGGCCGAAUCCAGCAGCUUCAUCUGUCAGAAGAUUUAAGCCCUGGGGAAAUACAAGAAAACACUGUCUCUCUCCAAGCAGCAUGCUGUGCUGCCCUCACUGAACUGGCACUCAAUGACACCAACGCCCACCAGGUAGUUCAGGAAAAUGGUGUAUAUACGAUAGCAAAAUUAAUUUUACCAAACAAACAAAACAAUGCAGCAAAAACAAAUCUACUACAGUGUUAUGCUUUCAGAGCCCUGAGGUUUCUCUUCAGUAUGGAAAGGAACAGGCCACUCUUUAAAAGGCUCUUCCCCACCGACUUGUUUGAGAUCUUCAUUGACAUAGGACAUUAUGUUCGUGAUAUCAGUGCUUAUGAAGAAUUGGUAUCACAGUUGAAUUUAUUGUUGGAAGAUGAACUGAAGCAAAUUGCUGAGAAUAUUGAAAGUAUUAAUCAGAAGAAAGCACCUUUGAAAUAUAUAGGUGACUAUGCAGUUUUGGACCAUCUUGGAAGUGGAGCUUUUGGCUGUGUUUAUAAGGUUAGAAAACGUAGUGGCCAAAAUCCUUUAGCCAUGAAAGAGGUCAAUUUACAUAACCCAGCAUUUGGAAAGGAUAGAAAAGAUCGAGACAGCAGUGUAAAGAAUAUUGUUUCUGAAUUAACAAUAAUUAAGGAGCAGCUUUAUCAUCCCAAUGUUGUACGUUAUUAUAAAACAUUUUUGGAAAACGACAGGUUGUAUAUAGUUAUGGAGCUGAUAGAAGGAGCCCCACUUGGAGAACACUUUAGUUCUUUGAAGGAAAAACAGCACCAUUUCACUGAAGAAAGACUAUGGAAAAUAUUUAUACAGCUAUGCUUAGCUCUUCGGUACUUACACAAGGAGAAAAGAAUUGUCCACAGAGAUCUGACACCAAACAACAUUAUGUUGGGAGAUAAGGACAAAGUAACAGUCACUGACUUUGGCCUGGCAAAGCAAAAACAGGAAACCAGUAAACUCACGUCUGUGGUUGGAACAAUCCUCUAUUCUUGCCCAGAGGUCCUAAAGAGUGAGCCAUAUGGAGAAAAGGCUGAUGUCUGGGCUGCAGGCUGCAUCCUUUAUCAGAUGGCAACUCUGAGCCCUCCUUUCUACAGCACCAACAUGCUCUCCUUGGCUACAAAGAUAGUGGAGGCAGUAUAUGAACCAGUGCCAGAAGGCGUCUACUCUGAAAAGGUGACAAACACCAUUAGCAGGUGCCUCACUCCUGAUGCAGAAGCCCGUCCAGAUAUUGUAGAAGUCAGCUCCAUGAUAUCAGAUGUCAUGAUGAAGUAUUUAGACACCUUGUCCACAUCCCAGCUGACUUUGGAGAAGAAACUGGAACGGGAGCGGAGGCGCACACAGAGAUAUUUUAUGGAAGCCAAUAGGAAUGCUGUCACGUGUCACCAUGAGCUGGCUAUGCUGUCCCAUGAAACCUUCGAGAAGAUGAGCUUAAGCAGCAGCAGCAGUGGAGGGGCCAGCCUGAAAAGCGAGCUUUUGGAAAGCGCAGAUCUGCCGAGGGACAUCUUCCAGCCCUGUGGGAAAGAGGAGGACAGGGCCUGCGAGGAGGUGCUGUCAGAGGAGAACUUCCACCUGGAAAGUGUGGAGAAAGGUACAUAUUCAGAGCUAGACGAUGAACUGGACAUCUUGGACAACUGUAGCAGCUCCAGUUCAAGCCCUCUGAAGGAAUCUACAUUCAGCAUUUUAAAGAGAAGUUUCAGUGCCUCGGGAAGAGAAAGACAAUCCCAAGGGAGGGACUUCAUCGGUGGAAUAGGAAGACCAAGACCAGCUUUGCUGCCUCUCGACCUGCUUGUGAAAGUGCCACCUCUCAUGCUCAGGGCUGGCGUUAAGGAAGUAGAGGCCGAGUUAGUGGCAGGGUGGCAGUCCCGUAGCCUGCCUGCCGCGAUUCUCCACAGUCUCAAAGAUCAUGCAUCUGCGGGAAUUGCUGUGUCCCAAAGGAAAGUGCGUCAGAUCAGUGACCCCAUUCAGCAGAUACUAAUUCAGCUGCACAAAGUCAUCUACAUCACUCAGAUUCUGAGCCACCUUUUCUCUAACAGCUUGGUUUUAUCAAUUGUGAGAGCUCACUGCCUUUUAACAUCUCUCCAUAAUAAUAAAAAGAGCGUCUUGUCAAGCCUGAGACUCCUGCUUCCUCCCAGCUUGCACCAUGAUCUGAAAAGAAGGGUUAUAGAGAGAUUCAAGAAGUCCCUCUUCAGCCAGCAGAGCAACCCUUGUAACCUGAAGUCUGAAAUAAAAAAGUUAUCUCAGGGAUCUCCAGAACCAAUUGAGCCAAACUUCUUUACGGCAGACUACCACUUACUGCACCAUUCAUCAGGUGGAAACAGUGGGUCCCCAAGUGACCCCACAGGCCCACCCAGCUGCCUUGAUUUGGAGGAAGGAAUCACCUAUGAACAGAUGCAGACUGUGAUUGAAGAAGUUCUAGAGGAAAGUGGGUAUUACAAUUUUACAUCAAACAGAUCUUCUAGGUAUCAUUCCUAUCCAUGGGGGACCAAGAAUUACCAAACUAAAAGAUGAGAUCACCUCCGCAUGUGAAGUAGAUGUGGUGUCCCAGUGAAGUUCCAGUUCUGGACUUCAGCCAUGACUGCAAGAUGCCCAGGACUGGAUGCUGCUAGAAAGGUGUAGAAAAGAAACAAAAUGCCAGAGGGCCAGCAGGACCUCUCUCUAGCAGUCCUGCAGGGGGUAUGGCAAGUACAGUGAUUGAGGCUGUGCCCCUCGUAUGCACUACAUGUAAGAUGUUGGGCUAUCAGUGCGCCUGGGAGAAAAUGCUGCAAAAUUAUUCUGUGGUGAGGGGCACUGGCACACAACUUUCCUCUGGUUUAAAAAAAAUUUUAUAUUUUUCAAAGGAAUAUUUUGUACUCAGAAUUGUUGAAACUAUGCUUAAACAUACCUAGCCUUCCAUAUAUAAAAAUAAUCUUAGACAAAAGUAACUAUAGGACCCUGUGCAAUAUCCUAUGUGGACUAUAGUAUCCUCAUUUUUAAUUUUAAAAGAAAUUCACAAUAUAUGAUUUUUAAAUGAAAUGGUUGGUUCUCUCUAAUCCACUUGGUGCUGGAGGUCCUGAAACACCGUGUAGACAGUGUUUAUAACCCUGCACAUGUCUGGGGCAGCUGUCAGAUAUUCAGAUUGCACUGGUAUACAGGGUGCAGUGUGUGCAUAGGACCAUAUGCAUAGGGAAGGAGAGGGUUCCCAUUAGACUGAUGCUUUGUUGCUAACCACACCUGCAAUGUUUGUUGAACACUUUGAAGAAUUUAUAAACUAUGAAAGAGAUUAAAUAGUCUUUAUGACAAAUCCCCUUACCUAUUACUUGCAUUUAAAAUAAAUGUUUAUUGUUUGAGAAUCUCAAAGAAGAUCAGCUAUAUAAUAUGAAUUCCUUCUUUAGCCAUGGAGACAUCCCAAAGACAGAGAAAGCAGAGUGUCCUACCUCCAUGUAGAGGAUUUCUCAGUCACUAGGUUAAAACGUCUCUUCAACUGACUUCUUGUAACUCUGGUAACCAUCAACUCAAACUGCAUGUGCGUCCACUUUGAGAAUAAUUUAUUAUAUAUAGUUAGCAAGCUAGAAGCUGAAAUUAUACUUUCUACUUCUCAGUGAUUUCUGCUAUCUUUAA